CCGCGGAGAAAACGACUAAGCAGCUGCAGCAUCAAUACAGUGAGCUCUGUGCAAGGCUUGAUGAGGUUAACCGCACUCUCAGUGACUACGACGCCGCCAAGAAGAAGCUUGCUUGUGAGAAUGCUGACCUUGUUCGCCAGCUGGAGGAGGCCGAGAACCAGGUUGGCCAGCUUUCCAGGCUAAAGCUCUCUCUUACAAAUCAGCUUGACGACUCAAGGAAACUUGCUGAUGAAGAAAGCAGGGCACGAGCCACUCUCCUGGGCAAGUUCCGCAACUUAGAACACGAUAUUGAAGCUCUUCGUCAGCAACUCGACGAGGAGAAUGAUGCCAAAGGAGGCGUUUUGCGCAUGCUCUCCAAGGCUAACGCUGAGGCUCUCAUGUGGCGCUCCAAGUAUGAGUCUGAGGGUGUUGCACGCGCUGAGGAAAUCGAAGCUUCUCGCAUGAAGCUCGCUGCUCGUCUCGAGGAAGCCGAAAUGCAGAUUGAGUCUCUCAAUGUUAAGAACUUGCAUCUGGAGAAGACCAAGAUGCGAGCUGCUGCUGAGUUGGAUGAUCUCCAAGUUGCUGCUGAUCGUGCACAAACUCUGGCUAACUCCGCUGAGAAGAAACAGAAGAACUUUGAUAAGAUCAUCUCUGAAUGGAAGCUGAAGGUCGACGACCUUUCCGCCGAGUUUGAUGCUUCUCAGAAGGAAUGCCGCAACUACGCCACCGAACACUUCCGUCUGAAGGCUGCUUAUGAGGAAAAUAUUGAACAACUUGAUUCUAUCCGUCGUGAGAACAAGAGCCUUAACGACGAAACCAGGGACUUGAUGGACCAGAUCGGCGAGGGUGGCCGAGCUUAUCAUGAAGCUCAGAAGAACGCUAGGCGUCUUGAACUUGAAAAGGAAGAGCUUCAAGCUGCUCUUGAGGAGGCCGAGGCUGCCCUUGAACAAGAAGAGAACAAGGUCCUCCGAACACAGCUUGAGCUCAGCCAGGUCAGGCAAGAGAUUGACAGGCGUGUUCAGGAGAAGGAGGAGGAAUUCGACAACACUCGCAAAUGUCACCAGAGAGCUAUCGAUUCCAUGCAAGCUUCUCUUGAGGUUGAAGCCAAGGGUAAGGCCGAGGCUCUUCGCAUGAAGAAGAAGCUUGAGUCUGACAUCAACGAGCUUGAAAUUGCCCUUGACCAUGCCAACAAGGCCAAUUCUGAUCUUCACAAGCAUUAUAGGAAGGUUCAGGAUGAGAUCAAGGAUAUGGAGGCCCGAGUUAAGGAAGAACAACGUCUUGCUUCCGAAUAUCGAGAGCAGUACGGUAUUGCUGAACGCCGUUACAACGCCCUCUAUGGUGAGCUGCAAGAAUCUCGUACACUCCUGGAACAGUCUGACCGCGGCCGUCGCCAUGCAGAGACUGAACUCAACGAUGCACGCGAACAGAUUAACACUCUCACUACCCAGAAUGCCGCACUUGGUGCAGCUAAGAGGAAGCUUGAGGGUGAAAUGCAGACUCUCCAUGCUGACCUUGAAGAAAUGCUCAGUGAAGCAAGAAACUCUGAGGAGAAGGCGAAGAAGGCCAUGCUAGAUGCUGCUCGUCUUGCUGAUGAGCUCCGCUCUGAGCAGGAACACGCUAGUAACCAAGAGAAGAUGCGUAAGGGCUUGGAAGUUACCGUCAAGGAUCUCCAAUCCCGUCUUGAGGAGAGCGAAGCUGCUGCCCUGAAGACUGGUAAGAAGGCUGCCAGCGAACUUGAAGGUCGCAUUCGUGACCUCGAGGCUUCCCUGGACGAUGAGACCCGUCGUCACGCUGACGCCCAGAAGAACCUGAGGAAGUGCGAGAGGCGCAUCAAGGAGCUCGCCUUCCAGACCGAUGAGGACAAGAAGAACCACGACAGGAUGCAGGACCUCGUCGAUAAGCUCCAGCAGAAGAUCAAGACCUACAAGCGCCAGAUCGAGGAGGCUGAGGAGAUCGCCGCCCUCAACCUGGCCAAGUUCCGCAAGGCUCAGCAGGAGCUCGAGGAAUCUGCUUGAGGCUUAAUGCCUUAUAUAUAAAACCGUAUUCAAGAUGUUACUGCACAAUAAACAGCAAUGAAUA